AGAAACAGAUAUAGCGACUGAAGCAUAUAUAAAAAUGUACAUAAGCUUUGGAACUGUCUGCAUCCGUCUACACAUAUACACACACACACAUACUGUACAUAUAUGUGUAUGUACAGACCUAACUGAUUUCACUGUGUUUUCUUAAAUUGAAGUCUCUCUCUCUCUCUUUCCUAAACUCGAAUCUCAUCGGCGUGGUGUUUCAAGAUAUGAUGUUGGCAGCCGCAUCUCCGCUUAUACACACCGCAAGAGAUGGUCAUCGGAGUUCGCCCGCCGCGGUGGUGGACUUCGCCGGUUUUACGGCGGAAGAUUUGCCGGAAUUCUCGGCCACCGGGAAAGAGGAAGAGAGCAGCCUCGAUCUUCUGGAAGGAAUCGAUUAUUUCGAUUACCUUUUCGUCGGAAUCGGACAAGGUGACGAGUUGCCGGACCUGGAGAUAGAUCCGGAGAUGCUCGGGGAAUAUUCCGGCGGAGGAAGGGACGAUACGGAGGCAAACACCUCGACGGAGACGGCGGAGAAGGGCGGUGGGAGUAAGCCGGAGGUUACAAGCAACGCUGACGGAGACGGUCAUACGGUCAAAACGGUGCGUAGAGGCAAGAACAGCAAACACAGAGGCAAGAACAAAGACGGCGAUAAAAGCGAAGCGAAGAAAAAACCCAAGGUGGAUUGGACGCCGGAGUUGCACCGGAAAUUCGUGCAGGCGGUGGAGCAGUUGGGAGUGGAGAAGGCGGUGCCCUCCCGGAUUCUUGAGAUUAUGAAUGUUCAAUCUCUCACCCGUCACAACGUCGCUAGUCAUCUCCAGAAGUAUAGGUCACACCGGAAGCAUUUGUUGGCGCGUGAAGCAGAGGCGGCAAACUGGAAUCUCCGGCGACAAGCCACGGUGGCCGGAGGAGGAGGAGGGGGGAAGAAGCCAUGGGCGGCUCCCGCCUUAGGCUACCCCCACGUGCACCACUUCCCCAGGCCUUUGCACGUUUGGGGCCAUCCCACGUGGCCCAAUCACAAACCUCCCGUUGCCUCCGCCGCUCCGCCGUCAUGGGCGGUUCCUCCGGCGACUCCGAACCCUACCUACUGGGCCCACCAGCAACCAGUCUAUCCACAGGGAUAUGGAAUACCGCCGCCGAACCACAGAAUAUAUAAAUCAGAGACGAGUAUUGGCGUACCCACCGCACCAUUACGCCCCAUCGACCUUCAUCCCUCGAAUGAGAGCAUAGACGCCGCUAUAGGAGACGUUAUGUCGAAGCCGUGGCUGCCGCGUUGCAUCGUCAAGUUACCGAAAUCCAUAACAAUGACUCUUGAACGCUAA